CAUUCGGCUCAGUUCGUUUUCUUGGCACGUGUUUCGUCAACUUUUAACUCAAAGAUUUCAACUUUCAAGAAAAGAAGAAGAACUUGGGCAAAGAAUCGUGAUUAUCUUCAGAUUUUAAUAAUAAUUAUAACAUUCCCUGAGCCAGGACUUCCUCAACGAAUAACAGAUAAUUAUGUCUAACGAAAAUGAAGAACAAAUGGAGAGCAGUUCGUCUGAAAGUGAGGACGAAUGUAUGGAUGAUGAAGAACGGAGUAACGGCGAGGAAUCCGGACCAAAGACCUAUCUCCCUGGCCAGCCGUUACAAGAGGACGAGCACUUGAUCUGUGACCAGUCUGCGUAUGUUAUGCUUCAUCAAGCACAAACCGGCGCCCCAUGCUUAAGUUUCGAUAUAAUAACUGAUACUCUUGGCAACGAUAGACAGCAGUUCCCGAUGACUGCGUACUUAGUUGCUGGCACCCAGGCUUCAAGCGCUCACCUAAAUAAUGUUUUAGUAGUUAAAAUGUCAAACUUGCAUCCUACAUCAAAAGCUGAGGACGAGGAGGAUUCAGAUGAUGAUGCAGAAGAUGAUGAUGAUGAUGAAGAGGAGGAUGAGGAGAAAAAACCACAGAUGACAUUCUCCUUUAUAAAACACCAGGGCUGUGUUAAUAGGAUACGGGCUACAAAUUUCAAAAACUCAGUUCUAGCUGCAAGCUGGUCUGAACUGGGCAAUGUGGACAUAUGGAACAUAACACAGCAGUUGCAAGCUGUGGAUGAACCAGCCCUGCUUGAGCGGUACAAUCUGGACACUGUCAACAACCCUGUGAAGCCUUUGUUCUCCUUCAGUGGUCACCAGCAAGAGGGCUUUGGUAUGGAUUGGUGCCCUACAGCACAAGGUGUGCUAGCAACAGGUGAUUGUAGGCGAGACAUUCAUAUAUGGAAACCCAAUGAAGGUGGCACUUGGACAGUUGAUCAGCGCCCUCUGGUUGGACACACAAGUUCUGUUGAAGAUAUACAAUGGUCACCUAACGAAAGGAAUGUAUUGGCAACAUGUUCAGUUGACCGAACAAUUAGGAUAUGGGACACAAGAGCAGCACCGCACAAGGCUUGCAUGCUGGUAGCUGAAAAUGCUCAUGAGAAAGACAUCAAUGUCUUAUCUUGGAACAGCAAAGAACCAUUUAUUGCAAGUGGGGGUGACGAUGGCUUUCUCCACAUAUGGGACUUACGACAAUUCCCGACCAGUACUCCAGUAGGCACGUUCAAGCACCACACAGCACCCAUCACAUCAGUGGAGUGGCACUGGACUGAGCCCAGUGUGCUGGCCUCGGCCGGUGAGGACAACCAGGUUGCAAUCUGGGACUUAGCAGUUGAGAGAGAUGAUGAGGAAGUUGUUGAUGAAGAGCUAAAGAAUCUUCCUCCACAACUCUUGUUCAUCCACCAAGGGCAAACAGAUAUCAAAGAACUUCACUGGCAUAAACAACUUCCGGGUGUUAUUGUCACAACUGCGCACAAUGGGUUUAAUAUAUUUAAAACUAUUAGUGUAUGAAUAAAUUGUUUUAAAACA